GUGACUGUUCUCAGUCUAACCAGCUGGCCCUGUGGAAGUGUGAUGGGGUUGGUCGUCAGCUGCAAAUACAAGGCCAUAUUGUACCCACCAACAGAUGUGUGCAUUUGUAAACAAUUGUUUUCAUCAGUACCAUUUAUUUCAUAUAAAUGUGAAUGAUGGGCACACAUGCAUUGACAGCUGUUUUUAGUUUUUAUUUUUUCUUUCAGUGUCGGGGCUUGGGACCAUGCAGAAAUGUGAGGACAUCUUGGAUAUGCUGCUAUUAUUUAAAUUAUUUUUUAAUCUCCACACGUUUUAUUGGUAGUUUUAUGUUAGAAAAUAAACAAAUAUACAAGCAAUAAACAUACAAGCAUACAAACCUAUUUUGUGCACUAUUUAAUCUUUAUGUCUGUGAUGUCCUUAGAUUCCCUGAGAGCCAGAGGCUCAAUGAAGAGCGGGAAUAGGGCUGGACUGAGGUGGCAUCCCUGAAUUGUCUGGUUUUAAUUAGAAUGGAGGAUGUAAAUUAUUUGGAUUAUAUGCUUGUGUUUUUACUUCUCGUCAGCCUGUCAUAAACAAUGUUCUCGCUAGGUGGUGCUGUAUUUGGGGCUCCUUUUUUCUGUAGAUGCAUAUAAUGUGUGCCCUGUACCUCUCGGCUCUGAGAAACUUGCCCUGCAUUUUCAUUUAACUUGAAUCUAUAUAGAAUGUGAUUGUGCCAAUGCCCAUCAGGAAACCAAAACUUAGGACUGAGCCAAUUGGCUGACAGAAGACAUUCGAGCCAUUAGGAAGGGAAGAAGGUGGAAUGAAGAGUUGUAGCAGAUUGAGAUUUUCAAGGUUCACUUGUUUGUGAAGCCAAGUUUAUUUAUAUAGCACUUUAAAAUGGCUUGUUAACCCAAGUGCUUAAAGGGAUACUUAGCAACUUUUUCAUAUUUUUAAAUAAUUUCCUUGAGCCAUUAUGUGCUAAAGUGACCAUUUACAUUGUUAAUGAAAAGUCCCUUAGACCCCCCACUGCCCUCUGUGGUCAGAAUGCAGUUUGAAACUUCAGAGUGCCGAUUCGAUCCCUGUUAGGAAAAAAAAUGAUGCUUGCAUACCUGGCGCUGCAGUCUGCUUUCAGCUGGUUUUCAGCAUGUUUUAGAUCAUGAACACAGCUAAUUAGUUUUAUUUAGUGAUGGGAUUCUCCUCUAGAAACUAAGGAAGGCUGAGGAGACAUUUUAGCUGUUAAAAUAGUGUUAAAGAGACUAACAAAUAGCGAGGAGAAACGUUUUACUUUCAGUUUGACUGCAAAGAAUUAAAUGGACACUAGGGGGUGCUAAAAGCAAGCAAAAGUGCCAAGUGUGCCUUUAACAGAGAUAAAAAUGCAUCAAAAAAGAACAAACUGGCAAGGACAGAGCGGGAAAUAACAGAGUAGCCAAUGUAUUUGAUUUGAUUGAUUGAAACGUUCAUUUGAACAUAAGACAAAAUGUUUUAAAAAAAUCUAUGAACAUAGUAGAAAAGAAAAGAUAUACCAAUAAAAAAAAGUCUUUGCCCAAAGGGACUAAGAAGAAGCAAGUGCUUAUUCAAUCCCACCCCCUUGUCUCACAUUACUAAUUUACAAGUUACCAUCUAUACCUACAUGCAUACAUACAUAUAUACCAUCGACAUAUAAAUACUGGACAAUGGGUUUCCAUAGGCUCCAAUAACAUGUUUUUGAAGAAAAAUGGGAGGUGGCCACCACCGUCAUUUUGACCGUGUCACAGGUUCCGUCAAGCCCAGACAAUUCCACAACAGGGAAGAGAGAUGGAGCUGAGGGUGGGGCUGUAAGGCUGGGAUCAACUGAUGACACCCGGUCAAACUAGCUAUAAGCUAACCUGAAGCUAACCCAAAGCUAAUGCGGAAGUGGGAGCUAAGCUAACGGAGGUAGCAACCUAGCUACAACCGGAGUUAACUGUGCACAACACCAGAGCUUCUGAGCCAGAGAUACGACGGGCUGACCACUGGGUAUAACCGGGUGGAACACAGAGGUCUCCUGAAAGCUACUGAAAGCCGGCUAUACUCUAGUUCCAUAGCCGGCAGCCCACGCAGCAGACAAGCGCAGCGAUCAGACAGAGAUGCGCCGAGCUGCGGGGAGGGGAGAAACGGGUGGAAAACAGGUCUCCCGAGAGCUCCACAAGCCGAUAGUCGGAACCCAGCUCCACCAACAUGUUAUAUUUCAACCCAUUUUCUAAAGUGCAGCAUUAUGUUAAAUGUUAGGGUUUUACCCUAUUACAUUUAAAUUUCAUGGUUAAACAGUACAUGUUAAAAUCUAAGCUCAGCUCGGCAGUGACCUAAAUUAUAUUUAUGUAUUUUUACUUACCGAAGAAAAUUAAGUGGAGACUCCUUGGACGCUCUAUUAGUGCAAUAAAUACCACAGCAAGUCAUUUUGUCCAACAAUUAAACAAAAAAUAUCCAAAAAAGAAUACACAAACGCUACAACUAAUGGUCUAAGUUGAGAGACUGAAAAUGACCGAACAGUUUUCAGGCAAGGCCGAGGCUCAGACUGAGGCCUUUCCACAGAGCUAGCUCUGUGGUCACGUGGGUCUGAGGCGGCGGUCACGUGGGUCUGAUGCUCAUUAAUUAUACAGAAUUUUAGGCUUUUAAUACACUUAAACAGAAGAGUGAGAAAAAAAUUCACCCCCCUCAGAGUUGUCAUGAGUGUAAACUAGAUCAUUUAAACCAAAAACAUGUUUUGGUACCAGGCUGCAAACAUGUUUAUUUCUGCUUUGAAAUUGGUAUUUUUAACAUGGGAGUCAAUGAGGAUUUGCUCGCUUCUGACACCAGCCCCCAGCGGACGAGGGUGGAACUGCAAUUUCUUUCCGCGUUUGCUUCAAUUUUUCACCCGCAUUGUGGGGGCUUGAUAUAUACAUACAUACAUACAUACAUACGUACAUACAUAUUAAUAUAUAUAUGCAGCUACUAAUGAGAGCAUUUUGCAUUAACAUUUUAUGGUACUAGUGAUAGUAAUAAUAAUAACAAUGACAAUAACAAACAACAGCAAAAUAAUAAUGACAAUAUCAUAGUUUCCAUAACCUCAGAGAACCUCAUUUUCAUAUGCAUUAAUUAUCAUUUUUUUUAUACAGUGAUGUAAAUUUGUUUAUUUGGACACUGUGUGUAUUUCCUGCAGCCCAUUCCACAGUUUCACACCACAUACUGAUACACAGAAACUCCUUUUAGUGGUUCUUACCCUAGGCAUUUUAAAAUUUUUAGUCCUCCGUAAAUGAUAUCCCUCAUCACUCUGGUUGAAGAGCUUUUGAAUAUUAGGUGGCAAUAAGUGCUUACUAGCUUUAAACAUUAUUUGAGCUGUUUGAUGAUGAACCAAUGUAGACAAGUAAAUGACAAGAAUAAAUGUAGAAUAAAAUAAACAUAAAAAUGUUAAAAUACAGGAACAGUGUCACACUUUAAAAGCCAAGAAACAGAGGUAUGUUUUAAAAGUGACUUAAAAGCAGUCAAAUCCGAUGCAUUUCUGACAUCGACUGGCGGACUUCCAUGGUUUUGACCUGAGGACUCUUACUGGUUUGUAGUGAUGGAUGUGCUUGGUCAAACAGGACGGUCCCGGUUUGUUUAACAUUUUAAAAACAAAAGUCAAUCAUUUAAAAUCAAUCCAAAAUUGAACUGGAAGCCAGUGGAAAGAGGCCAAAACAGGAACGAUGUAUUCCAAUCUACCAAAGGGCAGUAGGGUCAAUUUCUUUACUGACAUUGUUGGGUGAAACUCCUGAAAUCAGUGCGUCCUCGUUAACACAGUGCUGUUAAACGAACAUGAUGUGAGUUUUAAUAAUGUCCUCCAUUUUUUUGUUAAAGAAGUGGAAACAAGGGCCAUGAUUUCUUUAGCCUAAUUUAUACAUCACAGUAAGCUCUGAGAGGGAGAGACGCACACGCAUUGACAGGCAUUUAGCUCUCAGGAUUGUUGCAAAGCAAUUCCCCACCAAGACAACAGAGGGCAUAGCGCUAUUCUGAGGCAACCUGCCACUGUUACAGUCACGUAUUUGGUCCACAAUAUUGCAUUUACUAUUGUGUUUACAUUGUUUAAAUGUAUUUCAGAGACUUUUUAAUAUGGACAAAUUUGUCCCUCAUUCCCCUCUUCAUGUGAUCAGCACCUCUAAACUCACGUUUAUCAUCUUUUCUGACCCCAAAUAAAACGCUUGCUGCAUGUCUUUGUACUCCUUCAGUCACGGGUGAUCAAACAGUUAUUUUCAGAAUUAUUCCGCGGUGAGUUUUUCAAUCUGUUCCGUGUCUGCCGCGAAAUAUCUAUUUACUUUUUUACAGGGCAAAAACAGUGCUGCUGACAAAUUUACAGAAAGCAGCGUCCUGACCAAUAACAAGCCUGUUGUUUCCAUCUCUUUCGACAGAUAGUUAAAAAUUUGGGCCAUGUCUCCAUCACCCUUUGCGAGCCAGUCUGAGGGCUCUUGUGUCGACGCAUAAUGGCGUUGCGUGUCUCCGUCCCGAUGCAGACCGAGAAGUAUAAAUUAGGUUUUGGUCCGAUCAAUUCUGCUGCCUUCUCCAGCAACAUUUCAGUCUUUACAACUAGUGCCACUAAGCUGGAACAGGUAGUGUCAUGACUUGAAGCCCGGACCACACUGCGUUUUUCGGCUGUAACCUCACACUGUGAGGACUCUAGAGGGGUGGCACACAGUCUGAGAUUUCAGUGAGCCAAACUGCACGAUGUCUCGCUCUUGCAGGACAUGCUAACAUCACGAGCGCAUUCCUCAAAAAUCAUAAGUCACCAAAAGCUGACAGAUCCCUAGAACAACAAUGUUGAAAAGAGAUAGAAGCAGCACCCUUACCACUUAUUUUAAUAGACUUUGAACCCAAACUCCAAAAAGGAGUGGUAAAAGACAUGAUUCAUGAUGGAGAUGAAGUUCACUGGACCUCAGUAGAUAGUGUAUUUUUUCUCCUAAUAGACAGAAUUAGCAAGAGAAUAGAUGGCACUUUCUUUUUUUCCUGCCAACAGUUUCAGCUCCUCACUGAGACCUUCUUCAUUGGCUGUCAUCUGCUGGAUGGAUGACGUGGCUUAUGCGUGGUGUGCAUCAUAUGGGAGUGGCGUGUGGAGUUGUCAUGUCCACGAGCAUUCCCACAUUUGGCUGACAAGGAAACUCUGAAAUCAGCCCUAACGAAGCAUUACAGACAGGAGCUCCACGUGAUGGUCUGCAGUCAUAGGGAGAGAAAGCAACAUAUUUGAUGGAUAAAGGAAUCCAUAAACAUCUGAGCACACAAGUGCAUCUGGAGACUGUAAUCCACGUUUUUAUUGCCUCCAGAUUGGACUGUUUUAAAGUGCCUAAUGCUUGACUCGGCCAGGCUAUGACUGCUCAGCUGCAAACUGUCCAAAAUUCUGCUGCUGAUGUGAGCACAUCAUGUUGUCUAUUCUAAAAACAAUGCUAUAUAAAUAAGAGUGAUUUGUACUUUUAAACAAAUGCUGUAUUUUGUAUAUUUUGUUUUCGUAAUAUCUAUAUAACAUUAAAUAGCUGUUUUUGUGUCGACUGCAACGGUUCACUGGAUUUCCCCAAAAGCUUGGAUGGGAAUUUGUAAUGACACUAAAUAACCCCAAAGAUGUGUCUUUUGAGAUCAUUCUCGCUUCUUAAAGUCAGCAAUUAAUUGAAUAAAAUAUUUUAUUGUGCUUUGCAUAAUUAGAUUAUGACUAAAAGAAAAUUGUGUAGCUAAACCAUCGGAAACUAUUUUGUUUGGAUUGUUGUAAUGCCAAUAAAUUGCCACCAGAUGGCAAAAGACAUCCAGCUGAAGCAGUGUCCAAGACAUGCCGUUACAUCUUCCUUUUGGCAAAUUGUCUUCGUUCAUCAUAAAGCACUUGUUUGGGGCGGGGAGACAUAAAAUAGCAAACUGAACAAACAAAAAACAACAAACAAAUCAAACUUAGUCCAUGAUGUGUAUUUAAAAAGCUGGUUGGCAGAGAUUCCCUGUUUGUUUUGAUCCAACUGCCAUUUUCCGAGGAUCUUUGAACGCACCAGACCCGGUUGCCAGGGGAACCCUAAUUGUGGUUAAACCAUCGGUUAAACACGGUAACUGUACUGUAGAACAUUAGCUCGCAAACGCUCUUUGAUUACAUAAAGUCACAAUGGAGGCAUUUGAAAAUACGACAGAAACAAAUCUGGAUAUACAAAUAACGGUUCUAUGUGGAAACAACUUGGAAGGAAAGAAGACAGAACAUCUGCAGAGUUGGCUCCAGGUAACGAUGGAUGAAAAGAUUCUGGGAAAGUCAGAGAAGAAGCAGAUCGACAUUUUGGAGCAACGUGUUGAUUACAACUUCACCUGCAGCUUCAGUCCACCUAAUGACACUCAGACUCUUAACAACAUCGCCCAAAAGCCAGUCAUAUUCACUGUGAUGGAGGUGCUAACCGAGACCAAGAAAAGUGAGGCAACAUUUUUGGCACUGGGCCAAGCUGUGGUUGACCUGCUGCCACUUCUACAAGGUCGGUGCAGCUUUUCCUCCACAGUGCCGGUCAUUCCUGUCAACAGCCCGGGACUCAAGGAAUCUCAGCAAGGCUUUGCUCUGAAGCAACCAACCCUGGAUGUCUAUGUCAGUGUUCUAAAUCCCCUGCUGUCUGAGGCUGAACUUGCAGCCUCUAACCUUCUGAGGGUAACCGUGGAAACAGCCUAUUCUGUCCCUGAGGCAUGGGCAUUGCCAUCAGGCUCCGCCCCCAGCCCCUACACAUACACCGCUGCCAUAGAGGUCCCUCUGAGUGCAGAGAAAGAUCAGGUGUUGAUGUUCUGUGGAGGACAGCUGAAGGCGGGGGGACAGAGAGAGGUCAAGGGUCGCCAGAAGAAGAGACCACAUCAGGCUGAGUUAGAACCACUGAACCACUUUUUCCCCGGAAGAUUUUUUCUGCCAGAGCCCAUCAAACAAGAGGACGGGGAGUUAACUGCUCUAGAGGACCGGCCUUUUCGUAAAGAGGCAGAAACGAUGAAGGACAGGGUGAGCUGGGACACGGAGACGUGCUGCUUUCUGGAUGCAGGAGCAUCUUCCAGGCUGCAACAGAAGAUCACUGAGAGCAGACUGUUGCCUGUGGAGAUUAUGCGAUCAUCGGACCUACCGAAGAAGCUUAAUGUUGACAACCCGGAGGUCUCCUUCCACGGUUUGGCGUUUGUGGACCUGGGGCAUCUGUUGGUUCCAGGAGUCAGGCGCAUCAGAGGAGCGUACCAUGUUGAGCCCUUCUCUGAGUCUGAGCUGUUCAUCAAGUCCAAACAGACAGUCAGUGUGUUAAAGGAGCAGGCUAAGAUCGCAGCCUUCCAGGCAAAAGCCCGCAGCAUAUUGGCUGCUGGAUUCCAGAAACAAAUACGGAGGAACCAAAAUGAUUCACCUAAAAGGACCAGAACGGCUGCAAUAGUCAGGAAAGCUCUUAAGUUAAGGGCAGCUCAAUCUGAAGAUGUGUUAGAAAUCCUGGCUGCUGCUGUACCAGUCACCGCAGAAGGAAAUACGUACACGGAGGCCAGAACCUAUAUUAUUGUUGAAAUAGUCUUGGAGAAACCGCUGGUACCAAAACCAUCUCCAGAGGAGCUAGCCAGAAGGUUGCAGGCACUGAUCCCACCCAGACCUCAGCCUCCAGGUCCUAGUGGAGCAGAACGAGCAGUGCUAGACUUUCACCAACAGGUGGGCAACACGGUAGCUGCUGUUUCAGAGCAGUAUCAGGAGAUGUUUGGAGCAAAUCCCAAUCUGUCACACGGCCUUAGCCAAGAGCAAAUGCUGGUGGAGCUGAUGGGAGGCCUCAAUCUCUCUGGGAGAUAUUUCCAUUUCAAAGAGCAGAUGAAGCAUGCUGUGGUGGGGGUUGUACGUGACAAGAUGCAGCAGGUGGAUCCCAUCACUAACCCUCAGGAGCUACAGACAUUCACCAGCAGGCUCUACGUGGAGCUGGUGGGUGAGAUGCAUGCAGCUUUAAACAAGAUUUAUUCCAGUGACGUUGAUGAGGACUGCAGUGAAAUCUCCUUAGAUUCUUCACAACUUAGACAUUUUGCUAGAGAGGCACAGCUUUUUGGGAAUUACCAGAAAGCAGCUAAGUACUACCAAGAGUUGGUAGUGAGGAACCCUGAUGAACCCUUGUAUAUGUUUGAGUGGGGAAGCUUAUACAUGUUGAGCGGUGACCACAUGAAGGCCAACGAGUGUUUCCAUGAGGCUGUGUCCAUCCAACAAGCACACCAGCCCAGUCUGAUGAUGUGUGGCGUUUUGGCCGUGAUGUCUGAGCGUUACAAACAUGCCCAGAUCCUCCUGGAGCGAGCUACCAGCAUAGACCCCCCCAGUGUGUCGGCCUGGACUCUUCUGGGUUUGCUCCACCAGAGACUAAAUGAACCCUUUGUGGCUGAGAGGGCUUUUGCGGAGGCCAAACGGGUGCUCGAGGAAACAGAAGCCAACAACAAAACAGACAAAGAAGAAGAGACGAAAGACAGCAGCGAAAACAUUAAGAGGGACAAGGCCCUGAAAGACUUUGAGUGUUUAGACACAGAAGAGCACCAAGAGUCUUCAGCAGAAGAUGACAGCUCCAUGUCGUCUCUAUCUAAACUCUCUUGUAGCAUUUAUACACACACAGUCCAGUUCCUGCUGCAGAACGGAGCCUUUCAGAUGGCAGAACAAGUUCUGGCCCAGGAGCUGCUGUGUUCUGAAGGUGGUCACACUGGUUCCUACCUCUAUAAUCUGGCCCAGUUGCAGAUGCUCAAAGGGGACACCUGCAAGGCUGCUACCACUCUGAAGAAGGCCACGCUUUAUAGAGAUCAGGACCCAGACACCUGGGCAUUGAACGGCCACUGCCAUUAUCUGCAAGGUGUCUUUUCUGAAGCCCAGAAGAGUUAUAAAUGCAGCCUGAUGUUUCCAGAACCCCCAUCAGAAUCUCACAUAGUUCUUCUUCGUCUGGGAUCCAUCUAUCUCCUGGAGAACAAGUUUGAGCUAGCCAAAGACAUUUAUCUGCAGGCUUGUGAGCGUUCUCCGUCAUGCCUGACGUGGCUGGGCUUGGGUACAGCUUGUUACAGGCUGGAAGAGCUGCGUGGAGCUGAGGAAGCUUUGACUGCAGCCAACCAUCUGGACACAGAGAACGCAGAAGUGUGUGCCUACCUGGCUCUGAUCUGCCUCAGGUCUGGACGACUCAUGGAGGCUGAGCAGUUGUAUAAAUAUGCAGUCAGGUACAACCUUCAGGAAUCGUCACUGCUCAGAGAGAUGGAUGAGCUGAAGGAGCAGCUGCGGUACUCUCCUCUGGUGUCGCGCUUCAACACAAGUGUUGCAACAGAAGUUUAGACCCAGAAAACAUUCAGAGUUCAUAGUCACAUUGUAUUGUUGGGUUUUACAUUUUAACCCCACUAGUUCACAUUCAUACAGCAGGUAUUGUUUACCAUAAAGGUUCAAUUCUGUUAUUUAUCAGUCUUAUAAAUAAACUCAGAGCAACACGAAUGGUGUCAAAUGUUUGUAAACAUUUUAUUUUGAAAAUGCAGCAACAUAAUAAACAACAAAUACAAUAGUAAAAACUCAAAACAUUGUAAAAGAAAGUGUUGGGAGUGCUCUAUAAACACAAAAAGCAUUUCAAAGUUUUCACAACAUUUUAUAUUUAAAUAGUUUUGACAUUUGAGGGACAGGUGGACUUCUGACAGGUAUAAAGCUUUUCACAUAAUUACACAUUGUUGUAUUUUAUCAUAUGGGUGAAAGGUGGUUGUGAAUAUUUAUUUAAUACCAGAUUAUGACUUUUAUUUGGAUGUUACCAAUAUAUCAUCUCAGGUUUGCAAUGUCAGCUAAAAGUUUUUUUUAUAUUGUUUACUAUUUUGGCACAGUCCAAGUCCAAAAGAAAAUAUCAUUGUGGAUUAUCUUCAGGAUCUGUUCUUUUUAAUGUGUAUCGGGCCUCGCUUUAUGUGUUUAUUACUUUUCUUCAACUUGUUAAAGCAUAAACAAGAUUUCAAACAUCAGUUUUUUUUUCUUUAUCUUAAAAAAUGCAGCAUAAUAAAAUGAUGAAACAUGUUUUAAUUCUAAAACCAUAUUGAAUAGUUUAUGAAACUCUUCAGUUUAUGAAACAAAAUUUCUGGGGGUUAUCCUAGACCAUAAUAUUAGCUGGAAACCACAUAUCAAAUAUAUACAAACACAAUUGGCAAAGAGCAUUGGUGUUUUGGGUAAAAUAAAGCUUUUACUGAAUCAAGAA